AUGCUGUGGGAGAUCCUCCUCCGUCUCCCUCCGCAGCCGUCUUCCCUCCCGCGCGCCUCCGCGGUCUGCAGGCGCUGGCGGCACCUCGUCACGGACCCCAAGUUCCACCGCCAGUUCCGCAUCCACCACCGGAAGCCGCCACUGCUCGGCGCAUUCUCGUGGAGGAGCAAACGUGGGAUUAUGUUCAACACCAUACUCGACCCUCCCGACCGCAUCCCUCUAAUACGAUUCUCCCUUGGACGUUGCGGCAGCCGCGACUACGAUUUGCUCGAUCACGAGCGGGCUUCCUCAGCGCUGCCGACGACCUUGGCCAACGUGCACGGCGGCUGCCACUCGAGCCUAUUCAGGGUAGUCUUGGUCGUGUACAGUGAAGAUAAUCAAUUCCUCGCACGUGUUUACUCCAAUACUCCUCAAUGUUAG